AUGUUCCUCAACAUAUCUCAAUUAUUAAUAGCCACCGAAUUGGGAGCUUUCGCUGCAUCAGCUGCAAUAUCAAGUCUUAAAAAAAAAGUUCCAAUCGAUUCAGUAUUCUUUGGAAAUGUACUACAAACUGAUAAUACAGCUCCAUAUCUAGCCCGUCACGUAGGCCUAAGAGCUGGUCUGCCGAUCGAAGCACCAGCUUUAAUUAUAAAUCGAUUAUGUGGAUCUGGUUUUCAAGCUGUAAUCAACGCGGUUCAGGAUAUCAGAUCAGGUGAUUCAAACAUUGUAUUAACUGGUGGUACCGAAAAUAUGAGUAGAUCUUAUUACACUUUAUCAGCCGAUCCAAGAUGGGGAGUCAGAUAUGGUCAAGACUUAAAACUUGAAGAUUCUUUAGCUGCUUGUUUAAUAGAUCAAUAUCCUAUUAAAACUCCAAUGGGUGUCACUGCGGAAAAUUUGGCUAAAAAAUAUAAUAUUACUCGUGAACAAGCUGAUGAAUACGCUGAAUUAAGUCAAAAACGCUGGGCUGAUGCUGAUGCUGCUGGACGUUUUUCUGAUGAGAUAACGCCGAUUGAAAUCAAAACAAAAAAAGGACCUGCAUUAUUCUCUAAAGAUGAACACCCUCGUCCACAAACAACAAUUCAAACAUUAUCUAAAUUACCAUCCGUAUUUAUUAAAGAUACUGGUGUAGUAACUGCGGGUAAUGCGUCGGGUAUUAGUGAUGGUGCUAGUGCAAUUAUUGUAGCAAGCGAAGAUGCUGUAAAACAACAUGGAAUAGAUCCAUUAGCACGUAUUGUUAGUUACGCUGUAGCUGGUGUAGAACCUACUAUUAUGGGAAUAGGUCCUGUACCUGCAAUUAAAGAGGCAUUAAAAAGAGCUAAUCUUAAACUUUCGGAUAUUGGAUUGGUGGAAGUUAACGAAGCCUUUGCACCUCAAUAUUUAUCUGUAGAAAAGGAAUUGGGACUUGAUCGUAAUAUUACUAACACUAAUGUAAGAAAUAAUAUUAGUUUCGCGGCCAUUGCAGAAAAGUUAAUUGAAUUACCAAAUAAGAGUUAA